AUGGAGGCGGAUAUAUCGCUGACCGAGGUUUCCACUUCAUGUGCGGAUGUUGACAUGGAAAGGCCGGGAUCUCGAUUGCAGUGCCCGUCUGAUGCUAGCUACUGUAGUGUGCAACCACACAGUUUGCACACACCAUCAACUCACAAUCGGCACAGACCUUCUUUAGGGACUCAAACAGCAGAAGCAUUACUCGUGAGAAGGUUCCUCAGCGACAAACGGCGAAGUUAUAGAAAUCGAAGUCUAGGACCGACAAUAGCUUCAGCUCCUUCUGUUGAACAAGAAGACUACCGAACUCCACGACCAUCUUUUGAUAAUGCUGGCUACACAGGAAAAAGUUUCGAUUUUAGCAGCGGUACUGGACAUAUGGGUCUGGCCGCGAGCGAUUCAAACGCGUUGGUUAAGGUUUCUGCUGAUUUUCUUCGACUCAACGGGAGCCGUCAACAAUUCCGAAACAUGCUUUCUGCGCGUAAGAAGUUGGGCACAUUGCCGCCAGCAUACACGAGAAUCGAUUACAGUCGAGAAUCGCUCGAUUCAUUUUCAGCACGCGGCAACACGGCUCUCCACGGUCCUGUCAUCACUGUGGAAGAUACUGGUUCACAGUUGCGUAUUAACAACGUGCGUUCUAGUGUCAAUCAGAAUUUAUUGGAGACGUCCUGCUCUUUGGACAAAACGGUGGUGACACAAUGCGAAAGCAAUGGUUCGGUUACGUCCCAUAAUACAAGUUCUGCGUUUCAAAGAAAUAAUAGCAGGUAUGGCGUUCCAAUCGACAGCUCUGCUGUCAAACAAGCCUACCGUGUUCGAUCAGAAAGAAUCGUCAACAGAGUUCGUAUCACAGAUCGAGCGGUCGCAUUAGCGUUAUUCGGCGUCGUUUUAAUGUUGUUCGAAUCAGAAAUUACUGCUGAGAAUGUCUAUAAUGUGUCCAAGGAUCAUUGGCUUUCCAAUACUCUUCGCAUUUUAACAUGCUUAUCAACAAUUAUUUUGGUGUGUCAUGUUGCUCUUUACCAUCUUAAUGAUAUUGUGCUUGAAUUAGUCGAUUGCGGAGCUGAUGAUUGGCGCGUUGUUCUGACGACGGAAAGAAUUGUUCAAUUCGUUUUAGAAGUUGUUUGCUGCUCAAUUUGUCCAAUUCCUGGUACUGGCAACAUGAAUUGGUCGUAUAUUGAAUCAUCAAUGCAUAAGAAACCUGAUGCUGAAACACACUACAACCGCGAAGUACCGGUUGAUGUGAUUCUUUCUUGCUUCAUGCUUCUCCGAUGUUAUCUCGUUGCUCGUUUCAUGGUCCUUCACAGCAAACAAUUUCAAGAUGCCUCGACUCGAACUCUGGCUGCGUUGAACAGAAUUCAAGUGAACUUCUCGUUUGUGAUCAAAACUGCUUUGGAUCAGCAACCGGUUCUUUUCUUGACAUCCUUCACUUUCAUAUUCUGUGUUAUUAUGUCAUGGAUGUUUGUACAAUGUGAAAGAUACGGAUUUCCCGAAAAAAAUCAACAAGCAAUUCUCUAUUCCAACUCGUUAUGGUUUAUUGCUAUAACUUUUAUGUUGAAUGGCUAUGGAGACAUUGUCCCACAAACGAAUGCAGGACGCAUAAUUGCAAUAUUCGUGGGAAUUGUCGGAGCUGUUAUUUCCUCAAUUUUGAUCGCUGUCAUUUCUCGGAAUAUCCUUCUUUCUCAAGGACAAAAAAAUGUCAAUGAUUUCAUGUAUGACAGCAAACUAUCGAGAGAACACAAAGAUGCGGCGGCUCGAGUUUUACAACACACGUGGCAUAUUCACAAAUGCCUUCAAGCUGGAGAUGGCGGAAGCCGACGUCUUCGAACAUACCAAAGAAAAUUUUUACGAUCUAUACACCGGUUCCGAUCGGUUAAAAGUGAGAUGCGAGAGUUCUCUGAGAACAAUUCGGCAAGCACGCAACAAGUCUCACGCCUUGUCACCGAUAUGCACAUGUCUAUGCAAAAAUUGAUUUCAGCCCAAGAUGAAAUGAGGAUGCAACUUGAGGUCCUUCAACAAUCUGUGAGGAAUCAUUAUGAAUUUCAACAGCAACAAAUAGUUCCUCCACUUCAAGGACUCUCUACCUCGAACACAGCUCUCGAUAGCUAUGACAGGCAAAUGAUGUUUUAA